AUGAACUUAGAGGGGUUUAAGGUUAAUAUUCCAUGGUUUGAUAUGACUUCAAAUAAGGAUUUCAAAACAAAUCCUAAAACAGCAAUUGCAGUUUUGUCGAUGGAUUCUAUGAUAGAACAACCAGAGCAAAAGCCACGUUUUGAUGUCAAGUUCUGGGGAUGGUCCCUUUUAUCUAUCGUUCCAUGGGCUAUCAAUGUGAAAGAUAAAAUUAGAGCUCCAAAUACCAUAAACAAGAAGUUGAAAAGGCAUGCCCAGUCUCGUGGGGUUGUUGACAAUGGUGGUGGUAGGGGUAAUCCUCUGCGGUUUAGACCGUAUGUUUCUAAGGUUCCAUGGCAUACUGGAGCAAGGGCCUUUCUUUCUCAGUUGUUUCCACGGUAUGGGCAUUAUUGUGGGCCGAAUUGGUCGAGUGGCAAAGAUGGGGGUUCUCUUAUUUGGGACAAGCGGCCGAUUGAUUGGUUGGAUUAUUGUUGUUACUGCCAUGAUAUUGGUUAUGACUCUCAUGAUCAAGCUGAACUGUUAAAGGCUGACUUGACGUUUCUUGAGUGCUUGGAGAGGCCGCAUAUGGCUACUAGAGGAGAUGCUCACGUAGCCCAUGUUUAUAAGACGAUGUGCACCACAGGUUUGAAGAACAUACUGAUACCAUACAGAAGACACCUUGUGAAGUUACAAUCUGGGCUGCCUUUGAUCAAUUUUGGGUGGCUGAGCAAUGUGAAAUGGAGAAGAUGGAAUUUGCAGAAAACUUGA